AUGAAGACCAAAUGGGGUAUCAAAAACUUCAUUGACUUGAAUACAUUUUCAGAUCCUCUUAAUGGAUACCUAAUUGAUGAUUCUUGUGUUUUUGGUGCUGAGAUUUUUGUUGUCGAAAAAACAUUCAAAGGGGAUCACUUAUCCUUGAUGAAGAACUAUGAUACUCUCUACCAUACAUGGAAAAUUGAGAAAUUUUCAACUUUACUUGAGGAAUAUUAUGAGUCAGAAUCAUUUGGAUUCUAUAAAUGGAAUGUUGGUCUGUACCCAAAUGGAUAUGGAGGAGGCAAGGGCAACAGUAUUUCACUAAUUCUAGGUAUGUCAGGAUCAAGUGUUCCCCAAGAUACGAAAUUGUUGGCUACGUUUACUGUGGGUAUCAAAGACCAAUUGUAUGGAAAACACAUUAAACAGACAGGUCAAUCCAUACAUAAACCCUCAAAAAAGAUAUGUUAUAAUCUCAUGGCCUUAGAAAAACUGAAGAAUCCAAAACAUGGUUUCUUGGUUGAUGACACUCUCAUUAUUGAAGCUGAAGUUAAAUUGGUUGGAGUUGUCACAAAAUGGUCGACUUAA